GCCAAAUGCCAAAAAUUGAAAUCAUUGUGAUUUCUGAGUUUUAGGUUAGAGUUGCUUUUAUAUAAAUGUUUUUCUCAUGUCAUAAAUAUGGGGCAUUUACAUAAGACUAUAGGUGUUUUAAUAACAUUUUAUUGUUUGACGAUCAUUUGUGAUAGUGCAAAGAUAAACACUCCCAGAGUGUUACUCCCGUGGUUUGAAAAUUUGAAUGUUAACUUUACAUUUGAAAUUAUCGAAGGUGGCUGUUAUAGUUGGAGUUUGUCUCGAGAUGACAUCAUCGAUAUUGAGCCUUUAUAUGAUGAUACUUGGGGCCACUGUUCCCGCGCAGCACGAGUUUCUGUAUCUAAAAUAAGCGUACCACCGGGUUUGGUAAUAAUUUUAGCCGAAGAUGUAAAUACUGGCGAAAUACUUCGUGGAGAUGUGGAUAUUGAUAAAAUAGCAUCUUUAAAAAUAUUAAGUACUACAAGAGACCUUUAUUUGGAACAAGCACCAGAAGCUUUUGAAGUUGUAGCUUAUGAUGAAACUGGUAAUAAAUUUACAACAUUAGAGGGAGUGAGCUUCACUUGGACCAUUAACAAUGUUGGGAGUAUGUACGGUCAAAAUCCUUUGGUGAACCUUAUUCGAUGGAGCGAUACAGAUUAUGAAGCACCCAAAGGUGUAGAUGAGUUGGAAUAUCAUGGAUUGCAUUCUUAUUCAGUGUUGCUGUAUGGACAAGCUAUGGGCGAAGCUUUAGUGACAGUUUGCCUUGGACAUAUUUGUACUGAUUUGAACUUACGUGUUGUUGCAAGUGUUGUACUGACUCCUGCAACAGCUUUCAUUGUUCCUGGAGAUACUUUACGUUAUAGAGUUGUACGAGCUCAGGCUGGUCGCUUAACAAUGCAAGAUGUUGCUGACACACUAUACAAUAUGAAAGUUCCAGACACUUCAAUAGCUGUUCUCGAAGAUACUAUAAGCCUUGUCCGAGGUGUAGAAGUUGGAACAUCUUUAAUUCACCUCAUGUCAGGAGUUACAAAUGUUGCAACAGCCACAUUGUCAGUUGUGGAACCUUUUUCAAUCAGGGUUACCAUAAGGCCAUCCAACUUAUUGAUACAUGGAGAUGUUUUUAUAAUACAUUGCAUCGUAUUUGACGAAGAAGGUCAUGCUAUAACAGCCGGUCAAGAAAUGUUAAUUAGAUUAACAGUGGAAGGUGAUGCUAAUGUGGAUUUAUUGAGGUCAACAGAGAAUGGAACAAUCACUGAUGCUGUCGCACAAAAUGCAGGAGACUUCACGGUUACAGCUAGACUAUAUUCUAUAGCUGGAAGAACUUUAUUAAAGAAGGUCGAAGGGCAAGCUUCAGCUGUAGUUGUUGAUCCGUUAGAAAUCGUACCACCAGAACUUUUCAUAGCAUGGACAGACACAACUCAAGAUUUUCAACUACACCAUCGUGGGGGCGGUAAAGAGGACGUCACGUGGUCGGAGAGUGAAACAUCAAGCUCUGCUCUCUCGCUCGCACCCACGGGCAAGCUGACUGUUCGAGGGGUCGGACACUUAGAAGUUCGCGUACAUCUUACCAAAUAUCCGCAUAUACGAGCUACUGGCAGCGCGUGGGCGGCGGCGGCGGAGGCGGUGCGCGUGUCGAGCUCGGGCGCGGCCCGCGUGGGGCGCGCGCACGCACUGCACGUGGCGCUCACGCACACGCACCCGCACACGGGCGAGUUGCACAACUUCCACCGAUGUAACUGCGACUCCUUCGCAGUUUCCCUAUUGGAAGGUCCCGAACCCCAAAACGUAACAGCGGCGACUUGGAUUGAACCCAUAGAGGGCGCGUGCUGCGUGCUGCAGUGCGCGUGGGCGUCGCGCGGCGUGUCCACCGUGCGCGUGUCCCGCGGGCGCGCGGGCGACACGGCGCGCGUGGCGGUGCGCGCGGCGCCGGUGCUGCUGUGGCCGGGACACGUGGCCGCGCUCGUGGGCGCCACGCUGCCGGUGGUAGCGGAGGGUGAGGCGCUUUCUCCGCAGUCCAGCGACGCGCGCGUGACGUCACUGAGCGCACGCGACGAGACCAGUCCGCUGCGCUACCCCGACGCACAACUAUUCACCGUUUCAUGUCGAAGGAAAGGAGACGCCCGUCUUGAACUAGUGUCAUUCACUGAAGACGAGAAAGAGUCCGUCGAGCUGGAGGCGUCGUGUGCCCCGCACGUGUCGAGGAUCCGCCUCGAGCCGCCCGACACGCCCGGGAACUGUUCGGGGGGACCCAGAAUAUGGUUGCGACCAGGACAAGAAGUGAUAGUUAAAGUUACUCUCUUCGAUGCAAUUGGAAGGGAACUGCUAGAUGAACAAGGACCAAGUGUAUCGUGGGAGGUUCAGCCAAAUCAUGUUGGAAUAGAAUAUAGAUCUAAUGAUAGAUUGUUUGUUGAGACAAAUCCAGAAUUUGCUCCCGUACCAGUCCCUCAAAAGUAUUACCAGCUUGUAGUAGCGAGUGAACAAGCAAUAGGAUGGAGUGGAGUCCUCAAAGCUGCUAUUCCUGACGCUACGGCCACUAUUCAAGCUAAAGUCGUGGCACCAUUGAAGUGUGACCCAUUAAAAGUAAAUACGGCAUGGGAAAGUGAAUCCGUCCCCAAUAUAGCAACAAUAACAGGAGGGAGUGGGAAGUACUCAGUAGAGGUGCCUAAGGGAGUCACAGCUAGCGUAGAAGGCGGUAGACUCUCUGCAACAGUUCCAGCUCCUGGGUCUUAUGACCUCCAUGUGAUUGACUUAUGUGUGGGCGGAGAGAGGCAGCUCGUUGAGGUCAAUGUUGAAGAAGUUCUCAGCGUCGAAGUGUCAACGGCUCGGGCAGUCUGCGUCGACGGCUGUGUCCCUAUAAGUGCCCUGGUUAAAGGAAUAUCUCAUAGAUACCUGAGCACCAGCAGGGAACCGGACUGGAAGACUACCGGCCAAAUUGUCGUAAAGGAUGGAAACCUGUGCGGUUUAAACGAAGGUUCUGGUAGAGUUCGUGCAUCUUUCGGUGGCGUUUGGAGUCCUGAGGUUGAGGUGGUGGUGUUCCCGGCGCUGCGCGUGGAGCCGGCGACGGCGCGGCUGCCGGCGGGCGGGCGCGUGCAGCUGCGGCGCGUGGGCGGGCCGCCCGCGCACCUCGCCGCGCUGCACUACCGCGCCGCCAGCGGGCACGACCACUUGCAGGUUUCGCCAACAGGCUUAGCGCAAGGCUUGUCAACUGGAACGGCCCGCGUUAGAUUGGUCGCGCUGGAUAUAGCCAAUGUAGAACUUGCAAGUGCUGAGGCCGAAAUCGAGGUGGUGCCGAUCGCGAACCUGCGCGUGCGAGCGGCCACGCAGACGCUGCUGGUGGGCCGGCCGGGCCCCGUGUGGCUGACGGCGGGCGGGCUGUCGGCCGGCGCGCUGGGCUCGCUGCAGCCCGCGCCGCGCGUCACGUGGGGCCUGCGCGACCCCGCCGCGGCGCGCCUCUACACCACGCACGUGGACGAUCUGCUAGAGAGGUCGGUGGUAGAAGGUCUAUCGGUUCGCGUAGUUCCUUUAAAGCCUGGCGUCAUUACUCUUGACGUACGAGUGCGGAAUAUGGGACAGAUAGCGGAAACGAGAUCCUGGGAUAGUACAAUUGAAAUCCUUGGCGUAUCGGACAUACGCACGUCAAUCGACGGCCUCUCCCGCGAUUUUACGUCCGGUGAUAGCUUGGCUCUGGCAGUUGGCGCAAUGGUGCGCUUGAAGUCUCUACCGAGAGGCACUUGGUCCGCAUAUGAGAAUGGUGCCUUCGAAGUAAAUAAUAACGGAGAAGUGAGAGGACUAAGACCCGGGCAUGGGGUCAUUGUCGUCAAACAUAAGGAUGAGAGAAAUAACAUCGAUAGAGAAGCGGUGAUCCACGUGGAGGUGUCCAAGCCGCACUACUGCACGGCGGAGCCGGCGGGCGACGCGGACGAGGCGGGCGUGCGGCUCGUGCUGCGCAGCGCGCUCGGCCGCGAGCUGCUGGCGCCGCAGGCCGACGUGGCGCGCGCCGCGCCGCGGGCCGCGCCCCUCCGCCGCGCCGCCGACAGUGCCCUGGGUAGUGAACUGGUUAUGACCGGUUUAGACGCAGUCGGAGCAUUCAUGGUUUUCCAGAGUUCUAUAGGCGGAACUACUGUCACUGAUGAAGUUUGGGUUGUUGGUUCUGACAUAAGUGCUAACAAGGUUGUAGCUACCGGCAGCUGGGCGAUAUGUCUCGAGGGAUUGGGCUGGCGAGCGCCUCCUCAUAUAAGCUUGUACCCUGGCGCGGGUGUGACGCUGGCAGUGCUCGACGCGGACGCGCCCGCCAGGCACGCCUUGCGCCUCGACCGACCCCCCACCUCUCUCACCGUACACCAGAUCCCCAUGAAUAGGAUGGAGUUUCUACCAGGCGAGUGGCCUUCUUCAUUUGUACCCUUAACCAUCGAAGGAUCCGGUCUCACAUCAAGUCCACUUUUAUGUACCGAAGAACAAAAGUACGCACUAGAAGGCGUACAAGUUGAAUUACCCUAUUCUUGUCGUACUAAAGCACCUCUUACUGCUCAAGCAACACUGAAUAUUGCUGAUGGUCAAUUGGGGUGUUCAAUAGUGACAGCAAGUCAAGUCACGGAAGCAUCUGAGGUGGAAUUGUGUGCCGAAUGGGGAGUUGCUCGGACUUGCACUAAAGUACAGCUUCUACCCCAAAUAAAAGUAUCAGAGACAAAAGUAUCACUUCUAAACCCGCCCACUACCUUCACUGUAAACGGACAUCCACAUGCUUUGAAGCUAGUGAAAAUAAAUACAUCUCCAGGAUUGAAACUCGAAAUGAAUACAAAUGACGGCGAAAUAAACGUUUUAGUGAAAAGUGAAACAGUCACAUGUGGAAUCGGUUGGGUUAAUGUGAUAUCUAAGUUAACAUCCCAAGAGAUAAAAGUAGAUGUAGAAAGGGAAUGUGAUAUCGCUUGUGGUACAUUACUCGGGGCAUUAUUAACUCUUAUGAUGCCUUAUUUGCCUACAUUAGUCACGGUGUUGGCUAUCGCAGCCGGCUAUUUGUAUGUUCAAUCAAGGCUCAAUAAGAAAGGCAGGAUCCAAAUGCCAACAGAGCCGGCUAAGACGGUCAUACCGGAGACGUCGCCGCUGCGCAGCCGCACGUGGUCGCGCAGCCCGUACGCGGCCGGCGGGCCCGCGUCGCCCGUCUACGGCGACACCAGCGUCUUACCAGAUGCCAGUUUCUCGCCCAAUUCUACGAGGAUUCACUCGAGAUUCCUUUAGUGAUGAAUGUGCCGUGUAAAUAAUUUACUGUGACGAGAGCUAAGAUUCCAAAGAUUCGACAGUUUGGUUAAAGUUAUACGGGAAUUUAAACGAAUUACGUAUGAAGCUUGUGGCUGCGAAUCUCUUAGGAGAACAUUGUCUCAUCUAAAUGUUUUGAUUAUUUUUGUUUUUUACUGUUACUAUUGUGUGCAAAGGUUGUAAAAUUUUAACCAUAAUGAAGUUUGACAUAAAUUAUAAUGUAUGUAAAUAAUCGAUAUAGAAUAUUGGCUAUGAAUUGGAAAUUGUCAAAUAAUAAGAAAAAAUACUUUAUGCUAGUAAUCUGUUAAAAUUUUGAUAUUAAUCUGAAAUGUGCCCAAUAUUUAUUGACUAUAUAAAAAAAAAACAUAAUACAUACACAAUAGAAAUAAAAAAAACAUAUGUCCGUCCUAAAACAAUACGCAUUUGUUUUUGUGUUAAUAAUAUUAGUAUGCCUAAUUAAUUUUCAAUUUAAUUGUAUAACUAUUGUUUAGAUAUACAAUUGCUAUUUAUGUUUAAUAACCAGUUAUUAUAAUUCCAACCAUAAAAAGCAACCAAUUAAUAAUUUGUCAAUGGUCAGUGUGUAUUAAUAAAAGCAAAUAUUAUUAGCAUUUAAAUGCAGUGUUUAUGUAAUCAAAUCUAAGGGGCUGUUCGUAGUUGUGCAUAAUUAAUUUGAUGGGUUUAUACUUGAGGUCAUACAAUUGUAGUCGGAAUUGUGUUUUUUUCGUCACUGGAAACUCACGAGACGAGACUUAGUAUAUGACGAAAUGUAUGGUUAUAAUUCUUAACUUCUUAGCGAAGGAUUAAUACAUUAAACUUUAAACCAGCGGUGCAGGGAUAAAAAAAUCAGUGGUUUUUUUUUUUAUUAUACAGAAGGUAAAGGAAAUUUAAAAGUAUUUUAACAUUUUUUUGUCCAGUCAUUAACUAGUAUUUUAUUAUUUAGUUUUAAUGAAUAGUGAUAAUCAUUUUCUUUGAAAAUUGUUUUUCGUUUUAUAAUGUAAUGAUCAUUAGUGUAAUAUUCAUUAAUGUAAUGAUAGGUUCAUAGUCUAAUAAAGAAUAUCCAUAGUGACUAGAAAAACAAAUGAAAUACAAUUCUUAUGUGGUGUAAGCUAAUGAUACAAUAUAUUACCAGAUAAAAAGGAAUAUACCUAAAAAUAGUUGUGUGGCUGUGAAUCGCAUAGUAUGCGAUCUCUACUUACUUUUGGUUUUACAUAAGUACAAUUAUCCACUUUGGACGUAAAAAUAAAUAUUGAAUUUAUAACUUUCGACUGAAAUAAUGCAUUGAUUUGACAGCAAUCUCAUGGAUUCAUGGCUACUAAGUAUUUUUAGCUUUUUACUAACUUAUUAAGUUAAUUUUUAAUCUGUAACGAAUAAUAACAGACUUUAAAUGCCUGGCUGGCCAACGUGACGCUAGACAUAAUGGAUCCAUAAUAUUUCUAUUCAUUAAUAUGACCAAGACGCAUCACGAUGUAGACAAUAGUGUAUUGGUAUAUUAUGAAUUAUUACUUUGUACAAAUAUACUUAAAAAAAUGUGUCAAAUAGCCUAGAGUAAGAUUUGUGUAAAUUAUAUGCGCGCUCGAUAUAUAUUGUCGCUGAUUUGCCGCUAUUUUAAAAUUGAAGUAACAAUGUGGUUAUCGUCUGCGAAUUUGACAACAGGCUGAACAGCAGACGUGAGAUUUUUUUAAAAUUAAUAACUUCCUAAAUCAUCUUCAGAUGAAAAGCUACUAGGCGACGGUGAAUCUUUGAACAUACGAUUUAUAAGUACGGUAAAAAAAUCAAAAGCCUAUACAUGGAAAAUGAGUAGAUCCGCCACUGGUGAUAAUAUUCUAUAUAAUCUCACUGAUGCUUAACGGAUAUUAAAAUUGUGUCGAAGAUCUCAUGAGCGUAUGCAUAUUUUAAAUGGAAUAAGCAUAUUUGAAGACCUUAACAAUUUUUACUAUUGAUACUAUACGAUUUUAUUCUAAUUUUUUUUUCGUAUUGAACAAAAGAGUAAAUAAAUGUAA